GGGGGGAUGUAACUCGGAAAGGAUUCUUUCCCGGACCUAUGUCCGUUAUUCUUUGCCGAUAUUUAAACGUGAUAUUCAUUGAACAUAAUAAAACAGAACGACAAUACAAACUGUGAGUCACAUUUAACAGUGAUGUAUGGUCUGAAGCUAUCACGGCGAAUAAGUGUUAAGAACUCUUCUCGGGCUACCAGCAUUGUUAGGCGGUUGAAUGGAGCAGCGUUUCGAGAACAAUCUUCGUCGUCCUCAGGAUAAUGAAGUUCUUCUCGGGCCUAACACGGCUGGUUACCCGAGAAGAAUUGAUUGUACGCAACAAAGCUUCACUUUGAAGCGUUCAGCAAUAGAGAAAUCAUACUCAGAGGCACUGCUGAAGAUAUCCUCAGCAUUCCUGAACAGAAAAAUUCCUAACAUUCCAGACAUCAAGGUUGAGGGUGGAGAGGAAAAAUGGAACAUGUGGAAUGUGUGGCGCACGGUGCUAGAGGAGAAUGAGAAGCUUGCUCGCGCACGUCUUGCUGCUGUUGAAGUGUUCCACCAGCAGAUUGCAGAUGAUGCAAAGGUGCUGAAGGCCCACAAACUUCAGACUGCACGGAAGUCAGUGGAGCACCUCGUGGUCAUUCAGAAAGAGCUGCAAACUUGUGUCCAGGACAUUGACAAGACCAAGAAGUUGUACUUUGACGAGGAGCACAGCGCCCACGAUGUGAGGGACAAGGAGGAGAAGUUAAAGAAGAAAAAGGGCUCAUUUUUACAGUCAAUUACCUCCUUACAGAAAAACAGUGCUAAGGUGACGUCAAAACGGGAGGCUCUGGAGGAGAAAUCAACCGGCGCACGAAAUGACUAUCUGUUGAGCCUUGCAGCUGCAAACGCACAUCAGACACAUUACUUUGUUGUGGAUCUCCAGUCAACAAUGCAGAUGAUGGAGAACAACGUGUAUGAGAAGGUUGCUGAGUACCUCAUGCUGAUUGGACGUACAGAACUGCUCACGUGUUCAGCUACACAAACCUCCUUCACCAGGAUACGGGAUCAAGCUCAACAGCUGACGCGGGAGUACAACCUGCAGUGUGUGUAUCUGUUCUAUCCUGUGCUGAAACAGCACAUCCAGUAUGAAUUCGAACCUUGCGAUAAUGACACUGUGGACAAAAUAACAGCUGACCAUGCUUCUGCUGUGGUCAGUCUGAGCAAAGAAGCCAAACGCUGGGCGGCCCGCAUCGCGCGAGAGACGAACAACGUUCGCGAGUACACAAGGAAACUGCACAUCUUCCAGCAGCUGAGGGACUCGGGGCAGAAGGUAGAUCCAAAUGAUCAGAAUGGCCCAGAUCUGGAAACCAAAAUUGAAGAGCUGAGGCAAGGAAUUCGAAGAUCAGAGACAGCAAAGCUGAAGGCUGAGGCCCGGAUAGAAUGUCUGCGGUCCGGUGGAGUCAACGUGGAUGAGUGGAUGCAGGAGGUGGACAACCUGAGUGUGCAGGAUAUGCCUCGGUCUGCCAGCUCGCUGUCUGUUCGUACUGAUGCCUCUGGAACAGGGGAGCCCCCAGCUGCUGAUUCACUGCAUGACAGUGAUGGUGAUCUGACUGCAGUGGAGCGCCAAGGCAGUGAGUCUGAAGUGGCUGAGGAUGAAAAGCCUGAGGUGGACGGAGAGUGGGCCGUGGUGGAGCAGGAGCGACAGAGGCUGGAACAGCUCACUGCUGGCUGGGAUGACCCCACGCAAGUAGACUGGGGCCCUGAUGAUGGGGCACCUGAAGGAGAAGUGGAUGUUGUGCAGCAGCCCCCAACCGUUGACAUAACGAUCGAGCCGGGACAGAUGUACAAGUGCAUAGCCCUGUACAAUUACACAGCCCAGAACCCAGAUGAACUCAGCAUUGUGGAGAAUGAGCAGCUGGAGGUGGUGGGUGAAGGUGAUGGUGAUGGAUGGCUGCGUGCUCGCAACUACCGUGGGGAGGAGGGUUACGUGCCCCACAACUACCUGGAUGUGGAUCAUGAUGAUCAGUGCGCUCAAGUGGGGGGCUCCAGCUACCAGCUGGUAUCUCAGAUAUCAUUCAGUUCUGUGGACUACACAGUGGAUGAGCCUGAGGACAUGAAGACUCAAGACGAGCCAGCUGUUGAACAAGAUGGUUUGGAAAGUUACUGCCUCGCUUUGUAUGACUAUGAAGCCACCUGUCCAGAGGAAUUGUCAUUCACUGAGGGCCAAGUGAUCCGGGUCUUGAGGAAAGUGGUCCAUGUAGUUGAUGAUGGCUGGUGGGAGGGUGAGCUGGAUGGCCGCACUGGACUCUUCCCUUCUCUGGUUGUGGAGGAGUGUCGUGAGGAUGGCGAGCCCCUAACACCUCAAGACGAAGAUGAGACACCAGGGUCAGCCCCGCCUGUGUUCACGCCGCCAGAUGUGCCUACAUUCCUACUGGGUCCCCAGCAGGUCAUCGUCACGCAGCCCACCCCUAUCAUUGACCAGCCAUCACCAAAACCAGACGCACAGCCACCUGACUCAUCUCCUUCUGCAGAGGCCGGAUUUGAGAUGCAGCUGAGUGAUGGGAAGUAUGAGCAAUACGACAGCCAGUUCCAGGGGUCUGCCCCGCCCGCCAUCACAGUGGAUGAAUGCCCCACCAUCUCGAUUGACGAUGAGGAGGAGGAGGAGGUAUUCACACAAGAUGAAGCACCAGUACAACCAGAAAUUUAUGCUGAGGGUGGCAAACCUGAAUCGCCACCCCUCCAAGAUGACAGUUUUGGUCUUGGCGUGGCUCAGAUCGUUAUUACCGCCGCGACCCCUAUGGUCGAAGAACCAGAACAGCCAUUCCCCCCUCCGCCUUCAGAAGAGGAAGUAAAAGCAUCAGAGCAGACAGAGGAGGUUGACCAGAACUCAGUGGAGGAGCCGUCAUUAUCUGAGGAUGUGACGGUGGCUGAGGUCGCAGAAGAACCGGAUGAUCCGACGGACUCGGCCCCGUUCCCAAUCAGCAGCAGCACCGGGAGCGAAGAGGACACGUAUACGGGGCCCAGCACAGCCGAGAAUUCACAGAGUCAGCCUGCUGAGCAGCCUGAGACAAGUGCGAGCAGUACGGCAGUGGGUCCGGAAAGCAUCCCGGAUGAACUCGAGCCGCACCAGCUGGCUCAGUUGCAAGAUCUAAAAGAAUCAAACGCUUAAGCAGUAUCACAGCCAGGCUUCUGUCACACGUGGCGAGUGACUCACUGGGCCAAGCGGCAGGUUACGUUGAGUAAGCUCCUUCAGAAGUUUUGCAGUAGCACGUUACAAGAACCACAGACUUGUGCCUUUUUACAAGAAAUAACUGCACUUCUGGUAUGUUUAGAAAUUCCUCUCUCUCUGUUGUUUGGCAGUGAUCACGCAACCUUGUGUGGCAUUAACCUUGUAAGUUAAUAUUUUAUAUAGUACAGAACUGUUGUACAGUGUAUAUUCUGCAUCAUGUUGUCUGUUAGAUCACAUCCAGGUAGAGCGAGGAUAUUUUCAGCAGUAGCUCCUUCAUUAUUGCAUAACGAUUUACCUAUAUUUUUGUUGCUCCUUCAUUUCACAUCGAGGACAUCUGAAUAAUUUAUCUUGAAAGCUGAAAGUAAAAUUUUUAUUUCCAUUUUGUGGAAAGAAUAGCAUUCUUCAGUCCUAAGGGCUUUUCAUUCAUUUUUUUUUUUUCCUAACAUGUUAUACAUCCUUCUUAGACAUGGAGUCUGGCAUGAAGGUCCUCGUCACAUAGACCAUGACAAACAAGAGAUCUCUCGUUCUUCUGAAUUUUUAUCACAGUUAUGAAGUGAAAAUUGGUCUUUCAUGGCUUAGAUCAGUAUUUUUGGUAGCAUGCCAUAUGAUAAUCAGUAGACUAAAUAAGUAGAAGGUACUACUUGCUCAAAUAUUUUUACUUAUGUAAACAUUUUAUAUAAUUUCUCCUUUUAUUUUUCUCUAGGUAUUUCAGUAUUAAAUUCUUAGGUCAUAUUACAUAUUGCAUGUAGUAAAUCAUAAGGCACAUUACACCUUCCCCUUGUUUUAAACAUUAUGUGGUAAUGGGUAUACUUAUUGCGUUGGACUUAUUCAUUUUAUACCACAAUGUUUUGAAAGUUGGUUCUUCUUCGGUCUUUAGGUGACCAGGUGGAGGACAAGUCUACUCUGUUGGGCUUUAUGGUUGAGCUGCUCCGAAUCUUUGUCACCUGAAGAUGGAAGCAGAACCAAAUUUCAAAACAUUGUGGUUUAAAGGCACUUAGACAGUGGAUAAGUCCAGCAGAAUAAUUAUACUCAAUGUACUACAGCAUUGUCAGAGACAUUUGAACUUUUUGACAGGUUUUUUAGUUUCAUUUUAAUGCGCUGUACACUUUCACACUGAGUUCAGUUUCAGUUGCCAGAGCGCCACUUUAUUUGGUCGCAAUGUUUUAGGUACAUGGCAGUUGGUGUUAUAGAUAUUCUUUGGUCUGUUUGUGGUUGUCAUGGUGCUGAUGUUGCGCGUUCCUAGGAAUCAAGAGUUCUUCACUUAUGUUUGAUAUUCUAGAAUACUAACUAUUGUUUAUAAAUAUCAGUAGACUUUCCAAAAUGAGAAAUGUUUAUUUAUGUUGACUUUGAGAAAAAACACGCAUUUCAAUAAGAGGGCAUGUCCUUGGUGACUGUGACAAUAUUCAGGUUGGUACUACUGCAACAUCUGUUCUGUCUCCUCUCAGCCGUGCCUUCUCAUCACAAAGAAGUAUUGUCUGUUGUGUUAGAAUCCUUAGUAUGCUGGACCUGGCAAAAUCCUUAUCAUCCGCUGCACAGGGAGUUCUGUGACAUCACAGUAAACGUGAUUUCUGACAGAAAGUUGAUUUGAGUGGGACAAAUACUGAUACUACCGUUAAGGCUUGUUCCCACAGAUGAGAUUCAAAUGCUAAACAUUGUUUCAUAUCAUGCGGUGUAUUCAGUGUCACAGUACGUAUAAAGCAAUUCAGUGCUCUGCCCUCUGAUCUAGUUCGUGGGUUAUGAUAACUUGUAUAUAGCGCAGAAGUGGUCUCUGGCCACUGCUGUCGUUGCUUGGCAACUGUAUCCUCUCUCGUAAGUGAUCACUAUGUAGGAUUCUGGUGAGUGUGAAUAUAUAUUCAUAAGAUUGUGAUAAUACUUGAGUGUGUGAAUGUGUUACAUGCAAGAUGGGUUUUGAGGCAGUAGUGUCUCUUAACAUAGUGUGUAUAAAUAACAUUUUUACUCAUGAUUUUAUCACUGAACCACACUGCAUGAUAAAUGUUUUACCCCACAUACAAACCUUGAUGGUAGUAACGUGUAUCAACUGAAGUAGACUCAGUAUAGUAAUACGUGCAGUCUGCAGUGUUUGUAAAGCUACCGCCAUGUCCAGUGUGCCAGUUUAUUCGCACAAUGUAGUAGUAGCGUGAAGCAGCAUACCAGCACUUCUGGUCUGGCCAAUAAUACUUGUCUUUAUACUUCCCUGUACAGGGUGGGCCUUACCACACCUUUUUAUACUUCAGAAUGACAUUUGCCCACUUUUGCUCUAGAACUAGUGUAGAUCAUGUAAUUGUGUCACAGUAGUAUGUUCCCUUGUCAACAGAGAUGACACAGCUGGUUUAAAUUUGAUGAGGAAUUUUUAUUGUAGUAUGUCAGUAGAUCAUCUUACCUGGUUCACAUUGGGCAUCUUUUGAAGGUACCCUCCCCUAUAUGUAUACUCUUGUCCUGUCACAUGAAAUGACUGUGUAAAUUGACACUGAUCACAAUUGUUAAUCAUGAGAAACAAUGAAAAUUCCAGGUCAGAUUUGAACCACCCUCAUCCUAAGGCACAGCUACUGACUCCCUUUCUUCACCUGCCUCUCUCUAACAGCAAAGUGCAAUUGUUUUGUUUCACAAUAUACGUGCACCUUGCAGGGCUGGGGCAGGUAUCAGACAGGCCUACAGCUGCUUGCUUCCUUACCUCCUGGUAUGCAUAAAUGUAAUUACCGAGAGUGUGUGGAAAUAUAAGUAAUGUUAAUCAACGUGCA